AUGAGGGCACGGGAGGACUCUCCGGCCCGCCCCAACGCCGCCACCCCCAUCGUCGCCGCCGGAGCGGACGCUGCCAUCUCCGCCGCCGCCGCCGUCUCCGCCACCGCCGCUGUCUCCGCCGUCGCCACUAGGGCCAGCGCCACCAUCUCUGCCGCUGCCAUCGUCUUCGUCGUCGCCGCCGAAGCAGGAGCUACCGUCUCCACCACCGCCGCCGUUUCCACCGCCGUCGCUGCCACCUCCGUGACCAACGCGCUGGACGCUGACGCCUUCCCCACCGGCUCCUCCUCUGCCUCAUCGUCAAGGUUUAUCACCUCGCCGAACGGAGGAACCCUAGGGACGGUACCUUGUCCCGCGGGGUCAGCUGCGGGGGCAGAGGGCGGAAUAGGGGUCGGCCAAGGCUCCGUGCCCGACUGCGGCACCCUUUCUAUAGCCGCCGCCGCAGAGGCCGCCUCCGCAGGAGGCACCACAGCCUCUCCAAUGACACCCCCACUCGCUCCGGGCGGGGCCAUGGUUGGCCCCGCGGAGGCGGUCGACACCCGGAGCGCCUUCUUCGACGCCAGCGGCGGGACGAAGUCUCGAGGAGCAGCACUGCCAGACAAUGACAACUUCAUCAAAAGCAGCUCGAUGCUACGAAAGGAAUAA